CGCCAAAAAGCGUAGAGUUCCCCACUCGGAGGAGGUGAUUAAACGUUGCUUGGAUGCAAUCAGCAAUGGAACGCCAAUUAAAACAGCUUGUCGACUGCACGGCAUUCCCAGGUCCACUAUCAAGUUCCGGUUGAGCAAACACUAUAAACUAUAAACUUGUUGCAUGGAUAAAGAAAAUGGCCCGAAAAGGAUACCCUGAUACUAAAUACCGCAUCAUGAAUCGGGUGACCCUCUACUUAGAAGAGCAUCCGGAAAGAAAUCGUUUCCAAAAAGGAAAACCAAGUUAUCAAUGGUUUCGUCGUUUUUUGAACCGUUACCGGUCUGAACUUUCUGUUCGAAAGCCGGAGAGUGUCACGAAAGCUAGUGCGAACGUAACCGAGUCCGACAUUAGAAAGUGGUUUAAAGAGGUUUUAGGAAUUCUUCGCGAAGAGAAGGUAGCCGACAUUCUUUCCGAUCCAAGAAGAAUUCUUAACGGCGACGAAGCCUGCUUCUACUUGGAUCCGAUGAUCAACAAAGUGAUUGCUAGGAGAGGUGAGCGAAACGUGUAUAAAGUUGAUCAGGGACCGGCGAAGAAAAAUAUCACGGUGAUGUUUACUUGCUCUGCUGAUGAUGUAAUGUUUCCCCCAAUGAUAGUGUUGCCGUACAAAAAAAUUCCUAUGGAAGUUACGAAGAGCGUGCCCGCUGAACGGACAACGGAUGGAUGA